AUGGACACCAGCCAGGAUUCCCUCUCAUCGCAAGCCGCUCAGCGGCAAGUGCGUGUGCAGCUGACCAGUAAACAAGAAGACAUCGCCUUGCCUGACAACACUGGCCCAAUCUUAGUCCCUACCGGGUUGAAGCGAUAUGCACUUUCGACACUGGUGAACAAUCUUUUGAGCAAUGAUAAGCCGGUCCCAUUCGAAUUCCUUAUCAACGGAUCCUUUCUCCGAUCAUCGAUCGAUGAAUAUCUCACGGCAAACGGAAUAUCAGCAGAAACCACGUUGGAGAUUGAAUACGUCCGCGCCCUAAUACCGCCUUUGCAUAUUGCCUCCUUUGAGCAUGACGACUGGGUAAGCUCAGUCGAUGUGCUUUCCGCUUCGUCUCCCGCUUCAGCAGGAUCUAUAGCCCGUGGCCAAGAACGAAUUUUGUCCGGAAGCUAUGACGGUCUUCUACGGAUCUGGAAUAUGUCUUCUCAGGUGAUCGCAACCUCUCCGUCACCCACAGAAGGCGGACAUACGUCCUCUAUCAAAGCCGCGAAAUUCAUCUCUCCAAACUCAAUUGUUUCGGCAGGUCUCGAUCGAACAGUACGCUUAUGGAAGUACUCCGAGAGUGAAGAUGGCUUUUCAGGAACCAUUGCCCCGCAGCUCGAGCUUUACGGGCAUAAGUCAGGUAUCAACUCAUUAGCCACACACGCAUCCUCAAAUCGCAUCCUCUCCGCUUCAGCAGAUCACAGCGUUGGUUUCUGGUCGACAAAAAAAUCAGACGCCCCCGCCGCGCCGGAACACCUGCUCCCAUCAGCUGCAUCUAGGACGUCCAAGAGGAGAAAGCUGAACGCCGCCGUGAGCGUCUCACAACGCGGCUCGUUGGCGCUCCUAUCUGGCCAUACUGCACCUGUGUCCGAUGCGAUUUUCGACGUGAACGACUCCACAGUCGGAUAUUCGGCAUCUUGGGAUCAUUCGCUGCGUACGUGGGAUCUUGUCACCGCCGCUUUAGUCGACACCCGGACAACGUCCCAUUCUCUUCUUUCCCUCCUACACCUGCCCGAUCAUAACCUUCUCGCCACAGGAACAUCUGCCCGUCAUAUCACUCUUAUAGAUCCACGUGCCUCGGCAGCCACCAUCUCGGCCAUGACACUCCGUGGCCAUACGAACGCUGUGGUUUCCUUAGCCCGUGACCCGAACAGCACGUAUGGCCUUAUCAGUGGUAGUCAUGAUGGCACAUGCCGUAUCUGGGAUCUGCGUGCUACGAAAACCGACAAAGGCGGAGCCGUGGGCGAAAGCGUAUAUUCCAUUUCGCGCAAGAGCCUGGAGGAGGAGGGCAAGACGAACAGCAAACGCGUGGGUGGCGAGGGUGUCAAAGUCUUCAGCGUGUGCUGGGAUCGUGAGGUGGGCAUUGUUAGUGCUGGUGAGGACAAGCGGAUUCAGAUCAACCGCGGCGAGGGUGUACUAUCGUCUAAUUAG